AUGACGGGAGGCAUCAUGAGGCCUCAUUCCUGCUGGACUGUCCUGAAUUUCUCUGUUUUAGCAGCGCUGUUUCUCACCUCAAAAGCGGACAGUGAAAUCUGCACAACAGUUGUGGUGUUGCGUCGAAACACUGUUUAUGAAGUGCUUCCUGGAGAAGAAGUCAGGAUUAAAUGUCCAGUUGAGUUCUGCAACCUUUCACCUCCAACAGUCUCCUGGAUUAAAUUAGAGGAAAAUUAUGUCAAAGUCAAUGUCAGCAGUAACAAUCACAUUAAAACAGAGUGGAAAACUUUAAAACAGCAGUAUGGGGAGUCUUACCUGAUCAUCCAAAAGGUUCUCAGAAGUGACUCGGGUACAUAUCGGUGUCAAGUCGAAGGCAGUAUGAGUCAUAACAUCUACAUCAAGGUUGAAGAUCAUGUUCAAAAUACAACUGAUUCAAGUAAAGCAAAGACAAACGGCUCAAAUACUGACAAAUCUGACUCUAAAGCCCUCACGAUGAUGUAUGUGUACUCUGCUGCUGGGACCGGUUCGUUCAUCGUCAUGGUGAUCAUUAUAUCUGUCAUAUCCAUAAGAGGGUGUAAAAGGAAACCAAAAACUGAGACGCAAACAGAAAAUCAGUACAUUGAGAUCCCCAUGGCUGAUCGACCACAUGCCUCCAGCCUGCAGCCCUCGCCAAGAGGAAGCCCCGACUUGAUGCCGUCUCGGAGGUCCAGUGAGCGAAAGACACCCAGGACACCCAGUGAGCAGACAUCAGGAAACAAUGAGCAUCUUUAUGACCAGAGGAAACAGAACAGAGACAGACUGAGGAAUGCAGCACCAUCAGAAGAACGUGGUUCUGUUGUGUAUGCUGCUCUGAACCACGAGAUACCAAGGACUGGUCCUCAACCCCAGAGGAUGGUGGAGGAGACGGAGUACGCAGCUAUACAUUUGGUUUAG